UUUAAAACGAUGAAACACGAGAGAAAAAAGAGAGAGAUCUGGUCGGGGAGGGAAGAAGAAAGAAGGUAAAGGGAAAUGGUAAACCCUAUCCCAAACUUUGCGAGGAACAUUUGGGGAAAAUGGAACAUUCAGGGUGUUGUUCUUGUGAGUCUGACCAUGCAGAUAGUUCUGAUCUUCAUAGCUCCUUUCAGAAAACGCUCGAGAAAUACGUUGUUGGUGUCGUUGCUUUGGUUCACGUAUCUUGUUGCAGAUGUCACUGCGGACUUCUGUGUUGGCCUCAUCUCCAACAAAUACGGUGAUAAAGACACGGCAGUUUCCACCAUCGAUGAUUACUUGCGCGCGUUCUGGACACCGUUUCUGCUGCUGCACUUGGGUGGCCCUGACACCAUUACUGCUUUUUCUCUCGAGGACAAUGAACUUUGGCUCAGGCACAUGCUUGGACUCACGGUGCAGGUAUGCCUAACAGGUUACGUGUUCCUGCUGACACUUCCUGAAAACACGUUAUGGAUCCCUACAGCCCUAGUUUUCAUGGCAGGGGUCAUAAAAUUUGCAGAAAGAACUCGUUCUCUGCAACUUGCAAGUGCUGACAACUUCCGACAAUCUAUGAUUCAAAAUGCUGAUCCAGGUCCCAACUAUGCAAAGCUCAUGGAGGAGCUCAAAUCUAGACAGGAAGCAGGACUUCCAGCACAAAUAGUAACCAUGCCAGAAAUCUCAGAUCAAUUUAUGGAGUUUGAUGAGCUAGACCAAAUUCCUGCCAAACCAGAUGAUCCACACACCAAGACACCUUCUACAGACGAAACUGAUGGCCAAACUGAUGGCAAUAACCCUUUCAAACAACCUCAACUCAAAGAAGCACCCAAUAGUGCCAACUCACAACCAGACACUCCCCGGAGUCUCCCUCCUGAAGAGGGAAAUUCUUCACCUCAGAGCGAUUUCGACGAAAAGCUAUCGGAUUUGGAAGUAAUGAAGGGUGCUUAUGACUACUUCAACAAAUUCAAAGGGCUCGUUGUUGACAUGAUCUUCAGCUUCCAGGAACGCAAUGAGAGUCGAACUUAUUUGGUCCAAAGAACAGCAGUGGAUGCUUUGAGGGUGAUAGAGGUUGAACUCAACUUCCUCUACCAAACUUUCUACACCAAGACAACCAUCAUAGAGAGCUGGUUAGGGCUUUCCUUUCGAUUUCUGUCCAUUGCUUCAGUCGUUGCAGCUUUGGUUGUUUUUAUUUAUGAGCAAAAGAGGGGUUGCGAACCCUUUGAUGUUACAGUCACCUACAUAUUGUUGUAUGGUGCUGUAUCCUUGGAAGUCGUCUCCAUUAUCAUGUUCAUUUUCUCUGACUACUCAUUUGCAGUAUUGUACUCUCACGCCUCUCAGAAAACCAGUGAUCCAGAUAGUGGCACUGGAGUUGCCAAGGUAACAACCAAACUAGCCAACAAUUUCAGUUGGGUUCUGAAGCUUAAGAAACCCAAAUGGACAAAACACAAGGAUAACAAGCCAAAAUGGUUCAAAAAUAAGGAAUAUGAAGUGUUGAAAAGAUUCGUACUGUUUCGUAGAUGGUCUGAAACCAUCUCGGCAUUCAACUUGAUAUCGCAUUGCUUACAGAAGAAGAAAAAAUGGUGGGAUUGGGUGAUCGACAAAAUUGGAGUCGAAGAGUUUGUGGAAAAAUGGAAGUAUGAGAAGAAGAGGCCAAUGCUUCAGAAGCUUUGGAUUUUUAUAUUUAACGAGUUGAAAAGAAAAUCUUGGGAUGCAGAAGAUGUUGAAACUAUUCAAAGAAUAUGUUCCUCCAGAGGUGAGUGGGUUAUCCAGGAAGGUGAUCUAUCACGAAAAGAUCUGAACAAGUUGAUGCGUUAUGUGGAACGCAACGAAGUCACCUUUGAUGAGUGCCUAAUUCUGUGGCACAUUGCCACUGACCUCUUGUUCUUUGAAGAUGAAGAUGAGAAGCGAGAAAAGAAAGAGGGGCAACACGAAAAUGAUGAGAAGCUAAAGAAAGAGAAUAAUGAUCAAGAUCUGGAGCAAGGAAAUCGUGAUGAUGAUGAUGAUGAAAAUGGUGAUAAAGAGGGGCAAAACGAAAAUGAUGAGCAGAAAAAGAAAGAAAACAAUGGUCAAGAUAUAGAGACAGGGAAUCAUGAUGAUGGUGAAUAUGGUAGAAAGAAAGAAAAUAAUGGUGAAGAUCUCAAGCAAGGAAAUGAUGGUGAUUGUGAAUAUGAUGAUACUGAACUGAGGCAUUUUAGCAAGCUUUUGUCGGAUUACAUGUUGUACCUCUUGAUCAUGCAACCUAGCAUGAUGUCUGCUGUUAGGGGAAUUGGGCAGAAAAGAUUCCUAGACACGCGUGAAGAAGCCACUAACUUCUUUAGCAAGAGGAAAAGUAUUGCUGCUGGAGAAAUGAGAAUGAAAAUGAAAGAAGAGGGAGAAAAAGAAAGAAAGAGACGGCUUGAAAAAAGGAACACUAUGAGGACCAGAUCGAAUUGGCUUCUCUAUCAGGCAAGGGUGAAGUGCGAGAAGCUUGGAGAAUUCAUUCAGUUCAUCAAAAGGGUGUUAAGUGGCACUCGGUUUGGUCGAAUUCUUUGCAAAGAAAAAGAGGAGAAUGAAGAUUCAGAGAGUAAAAUGCAGGAGGCAUGCGAGGCACUGGCCAGUGUGUCUGUUGAAUAUGAACCCUCUGCUGUGAAGGGAGAUAGGAGCAAAUCUUUGUUAUUCGAUGCGUGUAAAUUGGCGACAGUUAUAAACGGUUUGAAAGGGACGAACAAAUGGAAACUGAUGGCACAAGUAUGGGUGGAAUUAUUAUCAUAUGCAGCAGCAAAUUGCAUACCAAUCACUCAUGUCCAACAACUUAGUAAAGGUGGAGAAUUCCUUUCCCUUGUUUGGCUAUUGAUGACUCAUUUAGGGCUAGCCAAGCAGUUUCAGAUCAAGGAAGGCCAUGCAAGGGCAAAAUUGGUCGUAAGUGAAGAAUAUGAGGAGAAAAAAAAUGAGACCAAAAGUACCUAAAGCAAUAACUUCACUGUAACUUGUUGCUUCUUUUUUCUUAUUCUAAGACUAGAACAUGUAAGCCCUUCUUUAUUUUUUUACUUUCAUUUUUUACUUCGUAGUUUAGUGUGAUUUAUUGAUUCUUUAAAAAAAAUAUAGUUAUUUAUUAAUCAAUGGUCCACACUAAACUAUGUCAAAAAGUAAAAUAUGAGAGUAAAAAAUAGGAAUCAUAGUGUCAUUAUCCUAUUUUCUUUGUGUAUGUGGUAUCAAACAGUUACUUUUUUUCUUUGAAUUACGUAGUCAUUUUUGGUAGAUAAAUAAAGUCACAAUAGAAAGAAUGAUUUUAUAGAACUACAAGUUCUGGAGUAAAAUUUGUAAUAUAAAUGUG